AUGGCGCGGCAGGCGGCGGCGCUACGCAACCGGAAGAAGCAACCGUUACUGGCGGAUAAACCGCACCCGAAACCCGCGGCGGCGACCGAGGCGGAGAUGAAGGGAGUGGACGGAAUUAGGGGGAGGAGGCUGGAUAGGACAAACGCGGUACACACGAGGAGGGCAGGGGAGGUUGCCGGAGGCGCGGCGGCGGAGUGCGUGGCGGUGUGCUGCUGCUGCCCCUGCACGCUGAUGAACAUCGUGGUCCUGGCGGUGUACAAGGUCCCCGCGGGGCUGUGCCGGAAGGCGCGGAAGCGGCAGCAGCGGCUGCGGCGGAUGAAGCUGCAGCAGAGCCAGCACGGGCUGCUGGCCCCGACGACGAGCAGCAGCGGCGGCCGGUCCAGGGAGGAGUUGGAGAGGGAGAUCCGGGAGUUGGUGGAACGCGCCGCCGCCGCCGCCGAGGACGUCGGCGGCGCGGAGACGACGGCGGAGGCGGAGGAUUUGGAGAAGGAGAUGUGGGACCGUUUCUACGGGACGGGGUUCUGGAGGAGCCCGUCGCAGAGAGAGAUUUGA